GACAAUUCGUGUGUUGUCAUCAUCAGCUGUUAACAACAAAACAGUUUUUUUUUUAUAAUAAUAAUUAUUAUUAUAUAUUUAAUAAAGACCAUUUUAAAGGAAAUAGCUGAAACUAACGUACACCGGAUUGUCACAAUGUCAAAACAACUAGUCCAUCUCCCCGACUGCACCAACAGAUGCCACUCCAUCCAUCACGGAGACAUCCUUACUGCUGCCACAACAAAAAGAAGCAUUAGCCACACUGACCUCUCAUCUUUCUUUUUAUAUACCUGCUGCUGUUGUGAAUCUGUGAUGGACUCAGAGGGCCGCAACGCUUUACAUAUUGCUGCUUCAUGUGGUAGAACUGACUUAGUUAGGUGGCUCGUGGAAAACCGUAGGGCCAAUGUUAAUGUGAAGGAUAGAGAGUCGGGAUAUACCGCGCUGCAUAGGAGUAUGUUUCACGGGAAAAUUGAUACUGCUGUUGAGUUAAUUAAGUUGGGUGCCAGUCUAACAGUUCAAGACUCUGAUAGUUUAACCUAUCUAGAGCAUGCUAUGGUAGAUCGUUUUCGUCCCAAGCAAAUAAGUGAUUGCGGAGAGGCGUUUACUUGGGGUGCAAACUCGAAUAACUCUUUAGGUUCGCAAUUGCCUAGAACAGUACCUGAGACUAUGGAUAUAUUCCAUAAAGAAUAUCCAAAUGAAUUUGUUAGGCAGCUUCUUAUCCAGGAGUAUCACAGCGUGAUUCUGACACAGUCUGGUUCAGUAUUCUCCUGUGGUCAUGGUCAAGGUGGUAGGUUAGGCCUCGGUAUACAACACACUGAAGUAAUCCCUAAGCUGAUUAAGUUCCCAAAUGUGCCAAAUACUAAUGAAAAAGUCGAAAUUAUAAAUUUUAGCAUUUCCAGAGAUCAUGGACUGUUUCUAUCAUCUAGUGGAGAAAUUUAUUCUUGUGGCCUUAACAAACAUAGGGUACUAGGGAUCGCUCCUCCGCCUACUGAAUUGUUGGUACCGAAAAUUGUAAAGCACUUUGCAGAUAAAAACUCGUUUGUUGCUACUGGGAAUUAUCACUCAAUGGUGUGGAAUAAGUCAGGUAUGUUCACAUGGGGCCUAAAUGCAGGUCAGUUAGGUCACCAACUGAUAAAUCAAUCCGACGACAAAUACAUUUUAACACCGAAACGAGUAAAAUGCAUUAGCACAACGGAAGACAAUUACAUUAAAUUAGCUUGUUCUGGCACAGGGGCCUCUGUGGUUUACACCAAGAAAGGAGAUGUUUUUGUUUUGCAUGAAUACCAGUGCAGGAAAAUUGCCUCCAGGCUUCUUAAUUUGGUCCAGCUAGCAGUCAUCGGUGGUAAAUUAAACCAUACCCUUGAUUCUGAACUGUCCAGUAAAAAUCGAGAAUUAAAAGUAGUUGCCUUGACCAACACCGGCAAUGUACUACUAUGGCAAGAGUCAGAUCCUGUCUUGCGCAGAUGUGUAUUUUCUAUUAAUAGGUCACUUAAUAUUAAGCAAGUAACUUUAAAUAUAAAUCACUUAAUGUUUGUGACGUUAGAUGGGGAAGCAUUUAGGGGGGAAGCGAAGCCGAGAAAGAAGAAAACUGUGCCAGUAGAAAAAGAUACAAGCAUAAAAAGCGAUUUUCAUAAAUUUUUAGAAAAGGACGAGUGUAUUAGCGUGAAAUUGGAAAGGAUCCCGAGGGUGCAUAGGGGAAUUUUUGUGCAAAGUGAUCCUAAAGGACAAAACUUCGCUGUGAUACAGGAACUUCCAUAUAAAGAAUUUAAACUAGAUGAAAUAAGUGAAUCGACUAUGCGUGACAACAUGUUAAAUCUCCAUUUAACCGCCGAGUCUUCUGACGAUAUCACUGAUAUAGAAUUUAAUGUUGGCGGUAAAACAUUCGCUGCUCACCGGUACAUUUUGGCAUCAAAAAGUAAAUAUUUCUUUAAUCUGUUUUCCCAACAUCCCGAUCAGAUUAUACCCUUAAAGGGAUACCAUCCAAACAUAUUUGAGGAACUUUUAAUGUAUAUUUAUACGGGGAAUAGCAAGCUUAUUGAAUUGGGCGAAUUAAGGAGCGAGUCGCUUUUACGACUGUGUCAUUUUACUAAACCGAUUGAGGAAGUUAAAGAGAAUCUGAUUAUCGACGGAAGCAAAUCUGCCUUUAAAUAUUAUUCAAAGAAGGAGCAAAACGGUGGUAAGGAAAAGAAACUGGAUAAUCCGGUUAGGAUGCUUCACGAAAUGUCUAAAAGGUUUGAAGUUGAUGAGUUACAGAAGAUCCUGAGCAACCUCGAUAUGUCGAAGAAUUGUAUCAUUCUAAAAAAGGGAGCUGAAGAGAAACCAAAAGUUCCACUUAAGUUUGACCGAAACAUGUGUCCAGAAUUAUAUGACAUUGAGAUAGAAUGUAAAGACGAGCGGGUAGUAAAGGCACAUAAGUGUAUUUUGGCUGCCAGGUUGGACUACUUUGCUAGUUUGUUUAGUUCCAGAUGGAAGGGGGGUGAAACAUCAAGAAUAUCCAUGCCUUUCUCCAAAGGGGUUGUAGAAGGCCUUCUAGAAUUCCUAUAUACGGACACACUGGACAAACUAAACGAAAAAGACACCGAUCAACUAUUUAAAAUAAUCAUUUUAGCAGACCAGUUCUUUGUCACGCGUUUAAAAGACCAAUGCGAGAAUAUCCUGUCCAAUUUACUAACGAUCAAAAACGCUAUUCAGUUGCUCACCUUUGCCGAUGCUUACCACGCGGACAGUUUAAAGGAAACUUGCUUCGACUUUAUCCAGAAGAACAUGACGUCGUUUCUGGAGUUGAAACUGUUGGAAGACUUGGAGUGUGAGCUGCUUAAAGAGUUAUCCCAGGUGUACCAAGUGAAAAGGGCGGUGGAUUAUAGGACAAUUACUCCUUACUCCACGGCAGUGUCUGAUGAAAGUAUUUUAAAAAUAGGCGCAAAUUACCCUGUUGAUAUCACUGAGAUAAAAGAGAAGGUCAGUAAAGUUUCUAGUGCCAGAAAACGGGUUAGAAAUCACAAAAAUAGCACGUCUGAGAAGCAUUUAUCGCAAUCGUUAGAAAGCGACUCAAGUAUUAAUAAUAUGUCAUUUAGAUAUGUUACGGAUUCAGAAGAAUCCUUAAAUAAUUCUCUACCAAGCAGAUUAAGAGCGAUCGUAAUUGCCAGUGACAUCGCGCGUACAGAAGAAAUUGAUGAAAAUUUCACGCGAUUGAAAAAAAAGUCGGAAUCGGAUGGUUUGAGCAGAUCUUUUGUGGAGUUUCCACUGCUCAGCAGCCCUCCGCAGCAUUCCGGGUUUCAUGGUAGAACUCCAAAGUCUGAGGGGAGAUUGAAACCGAUGAAGUUGUCGCAGAAGCAGAGGAAACGAUUGUCUUCUGAGAGCGGACAAGUUGGGGUUGAGGUAUCGCCAAAUAUACCAGAAAGCCCAAAAAAUCCCUGGAAAAUACUUCAGGAUCCAGUCUCGCCUCAAAACUCCCCCAAAAAUGACAGUAUAGGCUCGAUUAUUUCCAGUGAAAAGAGGCAAAAAGAAAAUUUAGUGAAAAUAACUAGUAAGCAACUGAUUCACACUCAGUUGGAAGAUAAAGCUAUAGAAGAACUCAGAGUAUUCUAUAAUGUGGACAACAUAGAAGAAGAAGUGAUUAUUAUUGAUAGAGUUUCAAUGGGCGCUAUAGCAGUACCCACUUGGGUACCAAAAGUGAAAUAAAAUAUGACAGUAUUUUAAUAAUUUUAUUUUGUAACUUUGUACAUUUCUUGAUUGUGUAAAUGUUUUAGUUAUUAGUAAAUAGUUGAAUAUAGUCUUAAAACAAA